AUGGAAAACAAAAAUUCCUACUCUGAGGAGGCUGGCAAGGCUAAUGCCUGGAGGCACAAGAUGGUGUUUGUGAGGAUUGAGAGAAAGGGUACACCAUUGAGCAGGAAGAGUAAUAAACCUAUUUAUGAGUAUUGUGUGUUGAACAACAAGGUGACUUUGCUUAUGGACAAAGAGCAGGACAAGAUACUUUAUGAGUGCAAGAGAAUGUCAGGGAUAUGUCCUGAAGAAGAAAAGGAGUUUAAGGUGGGAUUAGGGGAGGACGAAGCCUCAUUUCUCAGAAAGCUUCCCUGGAGGCCCUACUGUAGCGGUCUUAGAAAGAACAUAAAGAAGAAGGCAUACACGGCAGGGAAACAUAGAACGAUUGAUCCUGCGACAAACUUAGAUUUCAGCAGUGACGAAUCCGAGGAAACCUUUUUUUGA